GAAAACUAAAAGAAAAAAUGUUAUUACUUAUCCAUCCGACAAUUUUUUUGUCUGGCUAAGGAAGCCUAACUUCACUCCCUCCUAAUUCUAAAAAGAAAAAAAUAAUAUCAGUGUCUGAGUGAAGCUCGUUUUCAAGAACCAAAAUUUUGGGUUUAGAAGGAACGUAUAUAUAUUGGAAUAAGAAUUUAUCAGUACGCCAUGGUUGCAAUCUCGUCUUCGAUGUGUGCACUGAAUUUGAUAUGUGCACGGAAGAAUCAACAGUUACUUCACCAAAGAUUUUGUCAAGAUCAUGAUGCUAUUACAAUGCUGAAUUUGGCUUACUCAGGAAGAUUUAUCACGCUUAACCAGAUUCAUGGUGGCAGGAAGAAGGUUUCUGUUUUCGCAAAGCCGAGCAAAUCUGAGGAACCAGUCCCUUCUUGGGCUAAGCCUGACUCAGAUGAGCCACCGCCUUGGGCUCGUAAUGAGGGCAAGCAAAAUGAAUCAAAGGAGGGUGUUGAGGUCCCUUUCUUUGUUUAUUUGCUUGCCUCAGCUAUAACUGCUAUAGCCGCGAUAGGUUCCAUAUUUGAGUACGUGAAUCAAAACCCUGUUUUUGGAGUUUUGAACUCGGAUAGCAUUUUCUAUGCUCCUUUGCUGGGAUUUUUUGCUAUCACUGGAAUUCCAACUUCGGCUUUCCUUUGGUACAAAUCUGUUCAAGUUGCUAACAAGGAAGCUGAAGAACAAGAUAGGAGAGAUGGUUAUCAAUAGGGCCUGGAUGUUUAGGGCUUUCAUUUUUGUUUGAUGCACCAUUCCUGAAUCAUUCUACUGUUAUAUUCCUCCAUGAUGUAAUUAGAUCAACCUCAGCUGCUUCCCGAAUUUCCCAAAAGAAAAUAUUUACAGAAGUGAAGUGAUUACCCUGCCUAUGACUUGUUGGGUUAUUAGUCUUAAA